GACUCAUUGACUUCUCCAUCAAUAAUCUUCGUUCAAAAUGUGGAAGACAUCAAUUCCAGCUUACCAAAUGCUGGAGCCAGCGCUCUUCCAAACCAACCGGUGCCUGAGCUGCCAAUUCCGCAGCACCAGAACCCUUUCGAACCUCCGCUCUAUACGCCAUUACGCCACCACCGACAGCACGAAGAAGCCAAGUGAUGCUAGCAAUGCCGAAUUCAAGAUCUCCCCUCGCCCACAAAGAGAGGCGCAACCCCUCCGACGCUCCGUUCCUUUCCAGCAGAACCCGGCCCCAAUCCCCAAACCAUCUUCCAAGCCAGGUGACGCGGACUUCGUACCCCCGGUAUUGAGCCGUCCGAUCGGCGCAGCAGCUCCCCCGCAAGUGGGAGAGAAUACAGGUGUUGAUGCUCGUACAAUCAAGGAACGACGCGACGACUUUGUCGACUACGAUAAGCACAUUGCGCGCCGGAAGGAACUAACGCGACUAGUUGCAAAGCCCUACUUCCGCGAAUGGUCAAACCUGCAAUACCACAAGGGUAAGACCUUCAUCUCGAAUCCACGAAUCUUCCGCGCCGACAAGGCUCUUUACUUCCCCAACCUUUCCGGCAUUACUCUCGCCUCCCCGAAAGAUCGACAAGAUACCACAGCCAUUUUCCGCGGCAAAGUUAGCGUCGUGAACCUCUUCAGCAGUCUGUGGGGUGAGGAACAAACAACUACAUUCACUGGCAAUUUCUCAGGCGAAGACAGGAAUCCCGCACUAAAGGAAUUGCUUGCGCAGAAUUCCAAGUACGCGCAAAGAGUCGAUCUCAACCUCGAAGAAAACCGCAUGAAGGCAUGGCUGGUCAGACGGUUUUUGGGUGGCGUGCGCAAGAAGUUCCCUGUCGAACAGCACCCGCGCUACUUCUUGAUUGAGAAGGGAUUUGAUGAGUCCUUGAAGGAAGCGGUUGGUAUGGUAAAUAAAUUCGUGGGAUACGUUUAUCUCGUCGACGCCGAUUGUCGGAUUCGAUGGGCGGGCAGUGGACCAGCUCAUCCCGACGAGGUCGAGGCCAUGCAUACAGCAUUGGAAAAAUUGAUUGCCGAGCAAAAGGCUGCUGUUGAGUUGCAGUCGUCGACUCCUCGCUAA